CUUGUCUGAGAACCUAGAGAAAGCAGGAUGUUCUCUUGCUGUCUUCGGACUACUCGAGGCUCAGGCCACAAGAAAAUCAACAGGGAAGACCGUGGUGGCAUCAGGAGGCACAGGGUUCACUCUUCUCUUCAAUGCCUGUGGCCAUUUGCCAGAAGGAAAACAAACCACAAAGACCAGGGUGAAAAUGUAUCUGACCCAGAAGGCCAGAGGAAGUACGGUACAGAGUCACACAUCAGUGCAGACACAUUGAAAAAAUUGGUGAACCACUUGGUGCCUUCCCUGCAGAGUGGGGACCCCUUCUUUGUCCCAUCAUUUCUCUCCACAUACAGAAGGUUUGCCACCACCCUGCAGGUGCUGAAUCUGUUGUUUAAGCGAUAUGAAUACUUCUGCCCUAAUUCUGAAGAGGAUCAACAAGAAAAGAGUACCCUUGGUAGCUUCCUGAAUACAUGGAUGGACAAGAACCCCGAGGACUUCUGUCAGCCUUCAGACCUGCUUCCUCUAAAAUACCUGAAGACCUAUUUGUGUAUGAAUAUGCCAAAUUCGGAUCUUAAUGUUCGUGUCAAUAGGCUCCUGACCCAGUUGCAGAAAGAACAGGCCAACUUUUCACAGGCCAAAGAUGAGGAAGACUCAGAUCUGGGGAGCAUCAUAUCCUCAUACCCAGAGAUUGAAGGGUAUUAACUAUCAGGGAAAACAGCCAUUCUGGAGCCAGAACCAACUUGGGCACCAGAGCUAGAGAGCACGAAAACCACCAGAAAGUUCUGUGACCCAUGCUUAGCUGCAGCCAGAUGUGUCAGCAGAUGUCCAGCCAGCACACCUGAUAUCAGCUGUGGAACCUGUGUCUCAGCAUGUUUGUAAAUAUAGUAUAUCUUUCAUGCAUCUCUUCUUUGUUACAGUGGGUCUACCUACUUAGACAAUGGCCCUACCACCCCUUAUCAUAACCUCAUUGGAGUCCAUCCUACAACUGUUAUUCUGCCCCUCAGAAUCACCCCUGAUUUCAGUCCAGCAGCAGUCCCAGCCACACAGCCAACCUUCCCCUCACCUGAGAAAUAAUCUUUUUACUAUUCUUGAUCUUUUCAAUGUUGUGUUUAAGUAUUGGUUUUAUUACAUUGUUAGUGUUUGUUUUCCCUUGUCUAAAACAAAACCAAUCUAAUAAUGAGAG